GAGAGGGGGCGGGGCGCGCGGGUGUCAUGGCUGCCUCCAGGGGUGGCCCCACGCGGGGCUGCUGCCCGCGCCCGCUGAGAGUCUCGCCGGCGCCGGAGAUAUUUCGGUCCUACUUGGUGGUGGCCCCCUGCCCGCUCUUGUGUUGGGAUGCCUAAAACACCUGAUGCUGCUGCCCCUUCACGCUCGAUCCGGAGGUCUGGCUGGAACCCAGGAGGAAGCUUGCAUAAACACUGUCCUGGUAGCACCUCUUAGGACUUGGGUUCGAGGGAACCCGAAGAGGGCUGCGUGAUGGAGCUGGAGGUGCUGCCUGAGAAUCAGGAUGCUCCAGAAGUGGACCAGCCGCCUGACAGCAAUGCGGAAGCAGGAGACGAUUCCGAGCCUGCAGCUAAGGUGCUACAGUUGAACGGAGAUCUGGAGGGCCAGGGAGAGGCAAGAGAGAGCAUCGCAGUACCCGAAGAGCCCCUUCCAGAGGGCGCAUCCUCGCAGCUGGAAGAAGGAACAAGAGAUGAAGGAGGGGAAGUGGCCCUGGAAGGUGGCGAAUAUUAUUUCCCCGCGUACGACUUCUCGGAGCCCCCCCAACUUCUGACCGGUUCGUGGGCGGAGUACGGACACAUCCCCGAGAACUUCUUGAAAGGCUGCAAAUGGGCCCCCGAUGGGACUUGCCUGCUCACCAACAGCGCUGACAACUGCCUGCGGAUUUACAACCUUCCCGAGGAGCUGUACGCGAAAGAGUGGGGAGCGAUUGCAGAAAUGAGUCCUGUGUUGCGCAUGCCAGAAGGAGACACCAUUUAUGACUACUGCUGGUUUCCUCUCAUGAGCUCCUCCGACCCGCAGACGUGUUUCCUGGCCAGCAGCAGCCGCGAUAACCCCAUCCACAUCUGGGAUGCUUUCUGCGGAGACCUGCGGGCCACCUUCCGCCCGUACAACCACUUGGACGAGCUGACUCCGGCCCAUGCCCUGAGCUUCACCCCGGACGGCUCCCAGCUUUUCUGUGGCUUCAACAAGACGGUGCGCGUGUUCGAGACGACCCGCCCAGGCCGGGUGUGUGAGACCAGGCCUACUUUUGAAAAGAAGCAAGGGCAGUGUGGCAUCAUUUCGUGUAUUGCCUUCAGCCCCACCCAGCCGGUCUACGCCUGCGCCUCCUACUCGAAGACGGUUGGCCUCUACUCCCGGGCAGAAGGGGACCCCCUGGCCUUACUGCACGGGCACCGGGGAGGGGUCACACAUGCCCUCUUCUCUCCCGAUGGCUUCUGCCUCUACACCGGAGGCCGCAAGGACUCAGAGAUCCUCUGCUGGGAUCUCCGCCAGCCCGGGGAGGUCGUCUUCUCCAUGUCGCGGACGGUGACCACCAACCAAAGGCUCUACUUUGACUUGGAUCCGAGUGGGCGGUACUUGCUGAGUGGAGACACAGAGGGGCUGGUCACCGUCUGGGACACCUCCCAGCCCCCCAGCGGCGCCCCCCGCCCUGUGCUGAAGCCGGUCCGCCAGUUCCAGGCGCUGCGGGAUUGCGUCAACGGCAUCAGGUUCCAGAACGAGGGGGGUUACGUCCUGUACCCCCAGAUCGGCGACCGCCUGGACCUCAUCUGCCCCCGCUCGGUGCCGCUGGGCCCUUUCUCCACCGAGGACUAUGAGUAUUACAAGCUCUACUUGGUCCAGACGGAGCAGGCGGAACGCUGCGAGAUUCCCCGGACCCCCAACCUGCUGCUGACCUGUGACCGGCCGGAGCAGGACAUGCGCUUUACUAUCAAGUUCCAGGAGUACAGUCCCAACCUCUGGGGUCACGAGUUCAAGACCAACCAGGACUAUUACAUCAUCACGACGUCUGACGGCACCAAGGAAGGGCUGGAGAACGUGAAGGGGGGCGCCUGCCUGUCGAAAGGCAUGAAAGUCGUCUUGAAAGUCGGCCAGCAUCCCAACACGGGCUCGAAAUCCCAGAAGUCAGUUCCAGACACGCCCGCUGAGAAGGAGCGAGGGACGUCAGGUGCUGCUGAGCCCAGCAAGGAGGUGAACCCAGGACCUCCAACUGGAAACACCACAGGCAAAGUGGGGGGAGAGAACGGGCCCCUGCCUCAGUCCAACGUACCUAUCAUCGCCGGGGCCGCCGGGGGAGCUGCCUUCGUCCUGCUGGUGGCGGCCGCCGUGACGGGAGCCCUGUGUUUUCGCCGCCGCCGGGCCAAGCACAGCGAGUCUCACCACCCGCCUUUGUCGCUCAGCACCCUGACCAGCCCCAAGCGGGGGGGCGGGGGCGGCGGGGGCAACAACAACGGCUCCGAGCCCAGCGACAUCAUCAUCCCGCUCAGGACUUCAGACAGCGCCUUCUGCCCCCACUACGAGAAGGUGAGCGGGGACUACGGCCACCCCGUCUACAUCGUCCAAGAGAUGCCGCCGCAAAGCCCGGCCAACAUCUACUACAAAGUAUGAGCGGGAGGGGCAGCUGAGCACCUUCCGCUUGCGUCUCCAGCCCCGAGGUGGGGAGGGGAGAACUCAGCACGGCUGGGGUGGACGGGACGAGCCACCCCACAUCCCUCCCCCCCUCCCCCUAGCCCCGGACGCUUGACAGCGGGGUCAGUGCCUGAGCCGUCCGCCAGCAAUCAGGGGGUUACUGGGACAUGGAUCCUUUUCUCCUGGUGAUCUUCCCCUUUCGAUGGAUUCUGGCCUGGCUAGGAUUGACAGCAGGAGGGAUCUGACCUCCACACUUCCUGGCCCAUCUCACCCCCUCUUUCCCCCUCUUUCUCUCUCUGCCUACAAAAGGGCUGAGCCCCACCCCCACACCUCAGCCCCUCACCCCAAGUCAACUGAUUCCACUGUGGAAUGAGGUAUGGGUGAGGUUAAGAGGGUAACAUACUCCCCGUUUCCGGGCUUCAAGCCUCACAGCGGAAGGGAUCUGUUAGUGGGUGAGCUG